AUGGCAGCCAUGAACUCCAGCGUUUUGGCAUGCAACUAUGCUAUCUCAGGCAGUGGGCUAAAUGCCAAGAUCCCCUCAGUGCCUUCAGUUGCUUCCCCAAUUUUGCCUGGUGGUCACAAGUUGCCAGUGAUCAGAGCUCAACAACAGGGUAAAGUCUCGGGUUCCAAAGAAUCAAGUGGCAAUGAAGGAAGAAGAGCUGCUAUGCUGUAUUUGGCAGCUACCCUUUUCACCACAGCGGCUGCUUCUUCUGCAAAUGCUGGGGUCAUUGAUGAUUACCUUGAAAAGAGCAAAGCUAACAAGGAGUUGAAUGACAAGAAGAGGUUGGCCACAAGUGGAGCAAACUUUGCAAGAGCAUACACUGUUCAAUUUGGCACCUGCAAGUUCCCUGAGAACUUUACAGGAUGCCAGGAUCUUGCAAAACAAAAGAAAGUACCAUUCAUCUCUGAUGACUUGGCCUUGGAGUGUGAAGGGAAGGACAAAUACAAGUGCGGUUCCAAUGUUUUCUGGAAAUGGUGAAGACAUCCCAAUAAGUAUGGUGCUGAAUAAACUAGUCAAACACUUUCCAGAUGGAACUUGCUUAA